AAAAUUUUUUCGAUAACAGACGUUCCAAGGAAAGUCGACCGAAUUUAUAAACUUCGAAAAAAUGGCCAUUCGACUACUGAAGACUUUUGUGUUCUUUAUAUUAAUAUCAACUUUGAUACUUUCAGUACCAACUUUUGUUUAUACUCGCGAUAUUCUUGAGGAUGAGGAUUACGGAAAUCCUAAAUUAAGGCACGACUAUAAACUUACUUUCAAAAAACCGUAUUAUUAUAAUCAUACUGUACCGUUUUUUGAUACAUAUGGGCAUACUCUUCUUGCACCAGAUUUUAUCCGAUUGGCGCCUAGUGUUCCAAAUCACUCUGGUUCAAUAUGGGCUCAACUCCCAAACCCACAUAAAGAAUGGGAGAUAAAGUUAUCAUUUAGAAUUACAGGGAACUUUUAUGUUGGCGGCAGAGGAAUUGCGUUCUGGUACACCAAAGAUCGCGCCGAAGAAGGACCAGUGUAUGGAAAUAAGGAUAAAUGGGAUGGAUUAGUGAUCAUGUUUGAAACUGUCGACAAUUCUAAAAAACGUGAAAAUCCCUCUAUAAUGGCACAUUUUAAUAAUGGUUCCAAAAUCUAUAAUAAUAUAAGCGAACCUGUUGGCGCGAUGCUUACCGGAUGUCAUAGAUUGUUCCGCAAUACAGCAUCACCCGUAUAUGCCAGGAUAUCGUAUUAUAACCAUAUUAUUAGGUUGGCAGUGGACGAAAAUGACGGAGGAAAAGACUAUCAUUCAUGCUUUGAAGCAAAAAAUAUAUAUCUGCCAACUGGAUAUUAUUUUGGAGUUUCUGCGACGGCAGAAGGAGAAACACCCGAUGAUCACGAUAUUCUCUCCUUUGAAACUUAUGAAAUAAAUCCUGUGGAUAAACAGAAUAGACCAUUACGGCCUCAUGAGGCCGAAAAAAUAAAAAAGGUUUCAGCAAAAAAUUAUGAGAUACCCAAAGACAUUAAAAAACGCAUUGAAGAUAUUGAGAAAGUUGUAUCGCAUCCUAAAGAGGGUAGUAAGAAUAGAGAAGAUUCGAGAAACAUCGAUUUUAUUAAAGGGAUGCAGACCAAAAUUUUUGAAUCGCUCGAUAGAUUACAUGAAUUAAUACGAGAACCCGGAGGUGUAAAUUAUAACGAUCAUGCUAGUGGAGCAAGCGUUACUGAAAGACAAUUAUCUGUUAUUUCACAAAAAUUGGAUAAGGUUAUAGCUAGCAUAUCUUCUCUUGAAUCUAGAGUGUCAAAACUAUCUGUAGGUUCGAGCGAUCAUGCAAUUAGAAAUUUAAAGGAAGACAUACAGCGAAUGUUGGGAAGAAUUGAGAUCAUAGAUAACCGAAUUGCUGGGCAUUUCCGCCAAACACAUCAAAACUCAAAAGAUAAGGAAUCAACCACAUCUAUAUGGUUAUAUUUCUUCUUAUAUACCACUCUAUUUAUAGUUGCUGCAGUAGGUUUACUCGCGUUGUUUGUAUUAUAUCAGAAAAAAAUGGAAAUGAAUCGGAAAAAAUUCUUUUGAUUAUCAUGAUUUUAAAAAGGACAUUAUCAUUUUAUUUAUCAUUUCAUUUGAGUUAUUCUUAUAUUUUGACAAUCAUAAAAAAAAAGGUUUAUUACCCUUUCUUCAAAUACAUAUAGUACCUUUAUAUAGUUA